AUGACAGUAACAACAGAUGCCAAGGGUGGCAACCAGGCCUUUGUCCUUCAUCCUGGAGGCUCAUUUGCUUUUGAAGAAUGCAGCAUACCUACACUCCAAUCAGGCCGAGAUAUUAUUGUUCGAGUUGCCGCAACGGGUCUUUGCGGUUCAGAUAUACACUACUGGCAGCACGGCGCGAUAGGACGAUAUGUCGUUGAGAAACCCAUAAUCCUCGGACACGAGUCAUCCGGAAUUGUGGUCGAGUGCGGAGAUGGUGUCAAAGGCUUCGCCGUGGGCGACCGCGUGGCUUUGGAGCCUGGCAGUACUUGCAACACCUGCAAACAUUGUCGUUCCGGUCGUUAUAAUCUCUGCAAGGACGUUCGCUUCGCUGCAACACCCCCAUAUGACGGUACACUUGCCACCUAUUAUCGCGUGCCCCAGGAGUGCUGUUACAAGCUGCCAUCACACGUUUCGCUGCGUGAUGCUACGCUGAUUGAGCCUCUAAGUGUCGCCGUACACAGUUCUUCACUAGCAGGUAAAAUGCAGGAGAAGUCCGUGGCUGUAUUUGGAGCGGGACCAGUCGGUCUGCUGUGUACUGCAGUUGCUCGCGCCUUUGGCGCUUCAAAAGUAGCAGUCGUGGACGUUGUCCCAAGCCGGCUGGCUUUUGCGCUCGAGCAUGGUGCUACAAACGCAUAUCAAAUGAGCUCUGAAUCUCCAGAGAAGAAUGCGGCAGACUUGUUGUCGACCGCUGGAGUUGAGAAUGGAUUUGAUAUCGUUCUCGACGCGACCGGGGCUGAGCCUUGCGUGAACUGUGGAAUCCACGCCCUCACACAGGGGGGCACAUUCGUUCAGGUCGGUUUAGGAAAGCCCAAUCUUUCUAUCCCAGUCGGCCAGAUUUGUGAUAAAGAGAUUUCUUUCAAGGGGAGCUUCCGUUAUGGGCCAGGAGACUUUGAAUUGGCUAUUGGGCUGCUCAACUCGCGACGGGUCAACUUGGAUGGCCUCAUUACUCACGAGUACUCGUUCCCAGAGGCGGAAGAUGCCUUCAAGAACGUGGCUGGCCGGUCUGGAAUCAAGAGCGUAAUUUAUGGCCCAGACUUCAAUGCGGAAGUGGCCAAAAGUGUGUAA